ACCAUGGAGACAGAGAAAGACGAUAUUUUUUCCUCUGACGAGAGCGUCGACUCUAUUGAGCUAGAGGAUGCGAUCGAACUAUCCAGCGAAGACACCGGCGAUGAACUCAAUGCCCGUGAUGAACCGAGCGAAAACGGCUACGAUAUUGUGAGCAAGGAAAACCUUCUUAAGUUUGUUCAAGCUAUCGAUCCAAUGUCCUCAAUGGACGAUCACGCUUUGGAUCUGUUUGCCAAGAUGGCGGAUAACUUUGUGGAUGAUGUCUGCCAAAAGAUGGUCAAAGUGUGCGAGAACCCGUUUCAGCAGAUAAGCCAAGUUGUUCUGGAGCGCACCCUCGAGCGAGAAUACAACAUAAAGGUUCCCAAAAAAGCUACUCAAUAGUAGCAACUUAAAAACUUUAAUUUUAACGAAUUAAAAAAAAUAAAGUACAUUUUUUAUGACGGCA